AUGGUAGUGGUGGUUUUGGCAGUUGCGGUUGUAAUGGAUUUGCAAUGUUACUAUUUCUCUGUGAUUUUUCUCUUUGUGACGCUCAAUAGUCUGGUGCCUUUUUUUAUUGCACUAGGGCGUUUGUGUGUGUAUGUGUGUGCUGUUAGCAUCACGAUGGGAAGAAAAUACGCACAGUUAGAGACUUUCCACAACGUGAAUGGGCGGGUUGUCAUUGUGGGCGACAUUCAUGGCUGCCUUGCCCAACUGGAGGACAUUUUAUCAGUCACAGACUUUGUGAGGGGAAGGGAUCAGUUAAUCACCGCUGGGGACAUGGUGAACAAAGGGCCAGACUCGUUUGGCGUUGUGCGUCUGCUGAAGAGCCUUGGAGCACGCGGUGUGAUUGGCAAUCAUGACGCCAAGCUUCUCAAACUUCGGAAAAAGAUACGAAAACAUGGGACGCUGCACGGGAAGAAUAGCCAAUCGAGUUUGGCCCCGCUUGCCAUGUCGCUACCGCAGGAUGUUGAAGAGUAUUUAUUACAACUGCCGCAUAUUCUCCACAUUCCCGCACACAACAUUCUGGUGGUACAUGCGGGCCUUCACGUUCAACACCCGCUCGAGCGGCAAUUGGUUAAGGAGGUCACUACGAUGCGCAACCUCAUUUUGCAGGAUGACGGGCUGUACAGGGCAUCUGAGGAUACAACGGACGGUGUGCCGUGGGCAUCGCUGUGGCAGGGUCCGGAGACUGUUGUCUUUGGCCACGAUGCCAGACGAGGCCUCCAACGCUACCCUCAUGCGAUCGGAUUGGACACUCGGUGUGUGUAUGGAGGGGAGCUCACUGCUCUUGUGUGUCCCGGUGAACACCUCGUUUCCGUGCCUGGAUGGACUUCCAAUAGAUCGAAGGUGUGA